AUGGACGCCAGGCCUGCCGCGUCCCGGCCCAGAUGCCGCGGCGGCCUGCUGCAGAGGCUUGCCGAGCUGGCGCGGCGCGAGAGGUACGGGGAGGCCCCGGAGUUUGAGUCCGAGCAGCUCCGAAGGGCCUCGGCGGUGUUCUGCACCCUGAGCUGCGCUGGCAGGCCAUCCCUGCGCGCGCUGCACGGCGUGGACACCGUCCUGGUGGACGAGGCGGCCCAGGCGGUGGAGGCGGAGACGCUGGUGCCUUUGUGCCUGGGCCCGAAGCAGCUGGUCUUGGUGGGAGACCCCAUGCAGCUGAGCGCCACGGUGUGCCACUCGCAGGCGGCCAAAGACGCCUCCUACUGCCGCUCCAUGAUGGAGAGGCUGAUGGGCCUUGGCCAGGAAUACAUCAUGCUCAAGGAGCAGUACCGCAUGCACCCGGAGAUCAGCAGAUUCCCUUCCAAGCGCUUCUAUGGGGGUCGCCUCAUCGACGUCUCCACGAAGCCGACGGAGCCGUCUUCGCUGCGUGUGACCUUGCCCCCCUACGCCGUGGUGGACGUCCCGGGCCAUGAGGAGGUCAGCAGACAGGAGAGCAAAGUGGUGAACCGCAGAGAGGCCGAGGCUCUGGCGAGGUUCGCGCGCCUUGUGGCAGGCGAGCCUUCCGGACAGCACUUGCGCUGUGCCUCUGUGGUAGUCAUUACCUUCUACAACGGCCAGGCGCAGCUACUCAGACAGCUGCUGCAGGGCCAUCCUGUGCAGGUGCACACGGUGGAUAGCUUCCAGGGCUCUGAGGCGGAGGUGGUGCUGCUCUCCUUCGUGCGGGCCAACGUGCAGCGGCGCCUGGGCUUCCUCACAGAGUUCCGGCGCCUCAACGUGGCCCUCACCCGCGCCAAGCGUUCGCUGAUCCUUUUUGCCAACGCCUCGCUGCUGCGCGCGGCCAAAGCGGCGAGCAAGGAGGACGGGCUGGCUCAGAGCGCGCGGAAUGCUCGAGACGUCCGGGCCUUCCGGCCGAACGGCGUAACGGCGCGCUCGAAGGAUGACGUGGCGGCGCUGCUGGCGGACGCGGCGGCGCGGGGCAGCAUUUGGCCGGAGCACCAGGCGGAGCAGCUGUGCAGCGGCUCGGCUAGCGAAAUCCCACGAUUCGCUCGGGACGCGCUGGCGCCGGACGCCCUUUUACUUGGGAUGGUGGACUCGAUAGGCAUCUCCGAGAGAUGCCACGAGGUAGAGGCACGUAUCCUGACCUACUAUAGUGGUAACCGGAUCUCAGCAUCUCAGCUGAGUGGCAGCCACAUCAGCCUGAAAUCAGGCCGCGGCCGCAGCAGCUCGCCGGCCAUCCGCCUGGCAAGGCCAAUGAGCCUCGAGGGCGCCAGGCGAGCGGCAGCUGCAGAGGCAGCGGUGGCGCGCUCGCGGUCGCCCACGCCGCCGCCGGGCAUUGUCGCCGCCGGUGUUGAAGGCUCGCGAAUCAGAACGUCUGAGCCGGAGCAAGAGGAGGUCACCUUCUCAGGGCCGGGGCUCAGCAACUUCAUCGAGAGCCAAAAGGAGGCGUUGCGCCAGAAGGUGGGCAAACUGCAGGCGGUAAGCGAGACGGAGGCCGGUGGCGACAGCGACCUCCCGAAAGCGCCCUCGAAUGGCCGAGCCGGCGAAAGAGACCUCCCAAAAGCGACCUCGAAUGGCCGAGCCAACGCGGGCCCUAGCUCCGGGGCUCGGGCGCCUUUGCCGGCGGCCCCUUUGCCUUCGCUGCCCGGCUCGCCGGAGCUGUGGCACGCGGUUCACGUGGGGGACGAGGCCUUCGUGGCGCGCAUGGUGCGGCAGAACGCCUGCAGCGGUCGGCACAAGGACGCCUCGGGGCACUCGGUGCUUUGGCACGCCAUUGCCUUCGGGCACCGAGGCAUCGCCAAGCUCAUGCUGGACCACUUUCCGGCUGGCACGCAGGAUGGCAUCGAUGCGGCAGAGGUGCAUCUGAGGAAAGGGGACACGCUGCUACACCUUCUUUGCCAAUGCAGGCCCUUCAGCGCGGACACCGCGGAGGUCUUCCGGCGGGUGGCGGACGUGAUGCCGUUUCCCCUCUUCGGAAAGGUGAACAUGGCGGGACAAAGCUUCCUGGCCAUUGCUGCCGCCACGCAGAAUUUCUGGGUUCUUCGACACGUGAGCUUGAAGUACCCAGAGCAGAUGAAGGGCCUGGUGUGCUCCCGAGAGGCGCCGCUGCGACAGCUCUUGCAGCGGCUGCCACCACCCACAGCGCCAGGCGUCUCGGGCUGCGAAAAGAUCCCGGAGCAUUUUGCGGUGGCCAGCUUGCUGAGUCCGGAUCCCUCAGGCCGAGUGCCCUUCGCCGAUGUGGCCUUCGACGUGUGCAUCGGCGAUGAGACCUUUUGCAGGUUCUUGGCGCACCGAGUAGUGGUGGGCGCACAAAGCCCUGUACUCCUGAAGGAGCUGCUGACCGCUCCCUUGCAGGACCUGCCGCAGGAAGGCAUCAAAGCAAGUGUCUUCGCUGUGGACCGCCGCAUCUCCAAGGAGGUUUGGAGGACUGUCCUGCAGUUCCUGUACACCGGCCUGGUGCACUGCUCCUUCGCCACAGAGGUGCCCAAGAUGGUUGAGCUGCUGAGGGCCUGCGCGGUCUACAAGCUGCCAACGGCGUUGCUAGAUUUGGCCCAAGCAGCUCUGUUCCGGCAGCUGCCGGCCAGUUCGCCGGCCUUGGCCUUGGAAGUCUUCUCCAUCACUGCCGGCUCUUCCGGCGAAGGACUGGAUGUGACGUCGCUGAGAGAGGCCGCCGUGCUCAUCUUGCUGAACAGCGGGGCCCAAGUCUUUAUGGAGGUCCCGGCAGACAAGCUGUCCGCGAUCCUGGAGAAGCUUAUCGUCAUCGCGGAGCAGAUGAUCUUUAGGGGUCCAAAGUAG